AUGGUGGGAUUGGGUAGGGAACUAAGGAAACUACAAGGUUGGGUUUUGUCGGACGUCGAAGGGUGUUGUACAAUGAUGUUAAUUGUCGGUAUGGCUGGCAUCGGCAAGACUACUUUGGUCAAACAGGUUUACGAAAAUCCACACGUAAUGGAACAUUUUCAGCAACGUAUAUUCGUGUCGGUCGGCCCCCAAUACCAGUUGAAGCAAAUUCUUCUACUUGUUCUCGAUCAACUAAAAGCUGAUUACGAAGAAGGUCUAAGUGAAGAUUCUUUAUCCGAGCUUGUAUGCAAGAUUUUAUUCGGUAAGAGGUAUCUCGUGGUGUUGGAUGAUGUAUGGAAUACUCACAUCAGUAAAGAACUCGAACGAUUUCUUCCGACCGAGGUACACCAGAGCCGCAUCAUCAUUACGUCUAGGAUGCUAGACUUCGUUGAUCAUGGUAGAAUUUACGGGCAUUUUGUCGAGGUACCAUUGUUGAAUGAUGACGAAAGCUGGAAACUACUUCAUGAUAUAGUAUUCACUAGGAAUGAAGGGCCUGUAAAUUUCCAACUUGAGAAAAUCGGGAAGAAGAUAGCCAAGAAAUGCGAUGGGCUCCCUCUUGCAAUUAUCGAAGUUGGAAAGCUCCUGCUUAAAACAGAGAAAACUGUCCAAGAAUGGAGUAUAAUCGCAGAGCAAGAAGAUCCACUCGUCAUCAAAUCGGACGACAACACACCCCUCUCAAAGGCGCUGCUUUUGAGUUACACCAUGUUGCCCCAAUACCUAAAGGUGUGCUUUCUGUACGUGAGCGUGUUUCCGAAAGGCUACGAGAUUUCUCGCUCGAAACUCACCACAUUAUGGGCUGCCGAGGGAUUUCUUGAACCGCAAAAGGGUAAAACCUUAGAAGAAACAGCCGACGAGUGCCUGAGCGAACUUGUUUCUCAAAGUGUUGUUUUGAGGAAGAAGCUGAGGUCUGUAGGCAAGAGGACAACCAAACUAUGCAGGCUGCAUUUCACAUUCCGGAAUCUGUGCGUUAACGAAGCCAAGAGCGAGAGCCUUUUCCGCAUCAUAAAAAAGUACGUCGACAGUUUCCAAGCGGAUAUAUAUAGCCAGCGGAGGCUGUGCACACACAACAACAUUGUACUUGGUUUCGAACAAGUGCAUACUAGGAUGGAAUCAGUUUCGGGCGCGCGUUCUCUUCUUUGUUUCGGUCCAAAGCAACAAUAUCCAAUAAGGCUGUACUUGCCUUUUCGAUUGCUCAAGGUACUAGACGCUGUUUCGAUGCGGUUUUACGAGUUUCCACAUCAAGUAGUGGAGCUAGUUCAUUUGAGGUACUUUGCAAUCACAUUCGACGGAGAGAUACCAGCUUCGAUAUCACGCCUUUCGAACCUCGAAGUCUUGAUUAUCCAUCGGCAUCAUAGGAUCAUAAAAUACUCGAAUUCUCCAGUUUACCUGCCUGUAGAAAUUUGGAAGCUGCAUAAACUCAAACACCUGGAGUGCAUGGGAUUUGACCUCCCUGAUCCUUCCCCUGCAAACGAUGAUUCUCUAAUUUUAGAGAAACUUCUAACAGUUUCAGGUGUGGGCGCUCACAGCUGUACAAAGACAAUUCUCGCCAGAAUUCCUAACCUAACGAAGUUAGGAAUCCGGAUCGAGACAACAACACUAGAAAAUGAUGCCGCCGCCGUUGAAACCCUGAGUUUUCUCGGCGGCGACCAAUUCGCCUCCAUCUACGACGAAUUCGAGUCGUUCAAAUGCGUGAUCGUAAACCCUACCCUCGUGAGGUGCCAAAUUCUUCCGAAUUUUCCGGCGAACAUUAAGAAGAUAAGCUUGAGCGGGUGCGGGUUCCCGUGGCGGAAUAUGAGAGCGAUCGGAGAACUGCCGAACCUCGUGGUGCUGAAGCUCCGGUGGUACGCGUUCUCCGGCCCGGAGUGGGAGAUCGAGGGGGAAUUCCCGAAGCUGAAGGUGCUGCUGAUGGAAGAUCUGGAUAUAGAGAAUUGGGGAGCGGAGCACAACCAUUUUCCGGCGCUGGAGCGGUUGAUUAUCCGGCACUGCUACAGAUUGAAGGAGAUUCCUCUUCUGCUAACGAAUUGCGGACUAGAUACGGUGGAGGUUGAUGAUUGCUGCCCGUCUGUAACUCGGAAUUUACAAACUAAGCAGAAGAUCAACCGGUGCUGUUACAUUCAGAUUCGGGUCCAGUUUUCAGGGGAUGAAUGA